AUGGCUAAGAGAAGUGGUAUCAAGAAGAAGGAGGUGAAGGAACCGAUGGAGGAAAAAGCACAAGUUGAAAAGGAAGUUUCAGAAGUGGAAGAACAAUUAGAAGUUAAAUCAUCAGAAUCAGAAUCUGAAUCAGAUAUUGAAAAUGACAUAGAAGGAUUAUCAGAUAACGAAGCAGUAAGUGAGGAUUCAAAGCAUAAAAUCAAAAAAUUAGAUCCAAAGAAGCGUGCAGCUAAGAACAAACAAGGAAACACUAAGGAUGAUGAGUAUUCUAGUAUCAUAUAUGUGAGCAGGUUACCAAAUGGGUUCCAUGAAAAGGAAUUAAGUAAGUAUUUCUCCCAAUUUGGUGAUUUGAAAGAAGCUAGAUUGGCAAGAAAUAAAAAAAGUGGUAAUUCUAGACAUUAUGGCUUCGUUGAAUUUGCAAAUAAGGAAGAUGCUAAAGUCGCACAAGAAACUAUGGAUAACUAUCUAUUGAUGGGCCAUCUAUUAAGAGUCCGUUUAAUGGGUAAAGGCAGUAAGAUUGAAAAGCUUUUCAAGUACAGGAAGAGAGCUUUCAUAGAACCUCAAGUCAAGAAAGAUGUUAACGAAUUGAAGGAAAAGGCAGAGGCCAAACAUGAAGAAAGAGUUGCCAAGUUAGCUAAAGCGGGAAUUGACUUCAAAUGGUAA